CAUAUUCAUUUUUUGAAAUGAUUCCCAAAACCGCUAACAUUUUAUUACCAGUGUCAGAAGGCACAUAUGGAAGCCGUGUAGCAAAAUAAAUAUAACUAUAUCCCCGCCUCCUUGUUUCCCAUUGGCUCGUAGCUGUUCAUAUUUGCGUUCUGACCAAUCACAUUAAUCAAUAGGUGUGUUUUUUGUCUCGUGGACCAAUGAAACUCAACCAGGAAGCAAGAAAACGGAAUGUGCGUUAUCAAACACUACUGUGAAGAAUAUUAGCGAUAUAACAUUAGUUUAAACUCGGAGUCAGCCUGGUAUACCUUCCCAGUAUGGAGGUUUGUUUUCCUGUCUCACCACUAGUCUUUAGCUGUUUUAUAUGUGCUGCUUUUCAACGGUUUUCCAAUGUCGUCUAGUUGCUAAACUCGACAUAUGGGUAAAGUUAAUCUGCAUUGCUAACGACAUGGAGAUAAAGGAGGUAGAGCGGUGUUGCUGUGUAGUCAAGGUGUUAGAGGAUUUUUCAGCAAAGAAACCCGUGAGCUGCAGCGGAGUUAUCGUCCAUCCUCAAACUGGAACAGUUAUAUGCACUGGCGUCCCGUUUUCCCGUUUUAUUACCGACAAAGAGCCCCUCUCAGACCAAAGGUUCCUGUCACCCCGCAGCUUCGCUGAAAAACUUAAAAUCCGCGUCAGCUUUUCUGCUGAGCGAGAUUUGGACACCAACCAGUCUACACAGGGAGAAGCAUUCUCACCCUCCAGAAGCAAAACAACAUCUAACCGGGAAGUUGCAGCAGAGUUGCUGAUGCUGGUGAACUGCCUGGAGUUCAAACAUGUUUUCCAGGCAGUUUUCCAGGAGGCUGACCAAUGGCGUUUCCAUGGUGAUGAAGAGGAUGAGGAGCUGAACAGAGAUGCCCAGUUCCUCAGCUGGUUCGCUGUACUCAAGGCAAGUGUGGUGGCAGAGAGCAGCCCAAAUUCAGGGACAAUACCCUGGCAGAGCAGCUCAUCUCUCCAGAAAGGCUGGCCGGUUGUUGCAUGUGGCUCACCUUUUGGCUCCCUCUGCUUAGAUCUCUUCAUCAGCACCCUCAGCAGAGGUAUCAUCAGUAACCUCGCCGGAGAGGACCAUGCUGUCAUCCUCACGGAUGCCCGGUGCUUACCAGGCACCGAGGGCGGAGGGUUGUUUGUGGUGAAAGGCGCAGACAAUGUGCGUCUCACUGGACUGAUCGUGUCUCCGUUUGGUUGGAAGGCAAACGAGUGGAUAGGCCUCACUCUAGUCUGCUCCAUCCACUUGAUCUUCAGGAACAUUGUCCGCUGCAUGAGCAUUCAUGAUCCACUCCGAGAUGUUUGCCUCCAUCUGGGAGAGGCAGGCCUCCACAUGUCCACCACAGCCCAUGAGUCAAAAGCUGUUAAAUACCCCACUGUGUGCCUUGUGGACAGUGGACAGUUCUGGGGCUCAGGGGUUGUUGUCACCUCUAAGCUGGUUGUGACCUGCCGGCACGUUGUUAACAGGAAGUCGACAGUCACCCUGAAGUUCCAUCACAGGGACAGAGUCCAUGAUGUUGUGGGUGAUGUGCUGUUUUCCACUAUAGCAUCUUCACCCUAUGAUUUUGCUUUGGUGCAGCUGAGAGACUCCGCCACAGAGGCUGUGGUCCCUCAAAUGGCUCAGAGUUUCAAUCCAGGUGAUUCUGUAGUUGUGGUGGGAUAUGGUGGGUUGGGUCGGAGCUGUGGUCCCUCCCUGACCUGUGGUGUCCUCUCCAAAGCUAUUAGCUUGAAUGACCAGCCUGUCAUGCUUCAGACCACUUGUACAGUACAAGCAGGGGCUAGCGGGGGUGCUGUGGUGCGGAAACACUCUGGAGAGCUGCUGGGUAUUGUGUCCAGCAACACAAGGGACUUGGCUGCCAAAGUGACCUACCCGCACCUCAAUUUUAGCAUCCCAGUGACUAGUUUCCAGAGAUUGUUGCAGCACUUUCACCAGACAAGGGAUGUUAAUGUUUUCAGGGUGUUGGACACCACAGAAGAAGAAGUCAGGCGGGUGUGGAGGCUACAAGGUGCUCAAAGCAAACUAUAACUGCGGACCCCUGCACCUUGAGAUAUGCUAGAGAAAAAGGGUGGAUGGUUAAAUCAGCAUGAAUUAUGUGCAAAAUCACAUUAAAUAAUCAAACUGAAAUGAUGUGUUCUUUUCUAAACAAAACUGAUAUUUUCAAAUAUAUACCAUAUUAUACCUCAAUACCUCAAACAGGCACAAAGUCACAGAUAUGAGGGGGUAAACGCAACUAAAACAAGAAUCAUUAAUUCUUAAUGUUGAGACCCAGAAUCAUGCAGUAAACAAUGAAAUAUUUAAAAGACCAUGUAAACAGCCAAGUUAAAGUUACUUUAAUACCAAUCGAGAUUGUUUUAUUGUACUGUAAUGUACAGUAAUGUAAUAAAAUUAAUAAAAAAGGUUUAUUCUGGUGACAUGA